CAGAAGCAGAAGUGAUAGCCUUAUCACCGAAAACUCUUCUUGCAACAAACCGGUUCUUGUGUGAGAUCUGCGGGAAAGGUUUUCAGAGAGAUCAAAAUCUCCAACUUCAUCGUCGAGGCCAUAACUUGCCAUGGAAACUCCGGCAGCGAAGCACGAAGGAGCCGAGAAAACGGGUUUAUGUUUGUCCGGAGAAGACUUGUGUGCAUAAUCACCCGUCGAGAGCUCUUGGAGAUCUGACUGGAAUCAAGAAACACUUUUGUCGGAAGCACGGUGAGAAGAAGUGGAAGUGCGACAAAUGCGCAAAGAGAUAUGCUGUUCAGUCAGAUUGGAAAGCUCACUCUAAAACUUGUGGUACUCGUGAGUAUCGCUGUGAUUGUGGUACUCUUUUCUCAAGGAGAGAUAGCUUUCAUCACUCACCGAGCAUUCUGUGAUGCCUUAGCCGAAGAGACGGCUAGAAUCACCGCCGCAGCCGGCAUCAAUGGCUUCCCUUCUAUAACUAAUCUUAACUACAAUGGUGGCCUGAUGAGGCCUAACAUGGCUCACAACUUCUCUUCUUUGUUCAAACCGUCAAUUGCUGGAGAUUCCGGUCUUUCGCUGAGCAACAACAUGAUUUGUGCUGAUCCCUUCACUUCUUGUUCCGACUAUAACAUGAGCUGGAUUUAUGGGAACAAUAAGUUAUCGUCUCCGAACUCCGGUGAGCUACCAAAUGUUAGCAAUCCACCGGAGAGCAGCUUCAAAGAAGCCGAUACAAUACAUAAUCUUUUAACUAGCAUGCCUGUGCCUUCACUCUUCACUACUGCUCAGCUUCACAGUCACUCGACAUCGGCCGACAUGUCGGCGACUGCGUUGUUACAGAAGGCUGCGAGUAUCGGCGUUACGAAAAGCACCGUUCAAUCUUUUCCGGCAAGCAUUGACAUGAAGUGUCACCAUGGUGGUAGUACUAUGCCUGAUACAUUGCUUAACAUGAACCAGAACAUGGAUUCAAAUAUUCACAUAGAGAGCCUUAUCAACAAUGGUGUUGGCUUCAUGAACGGCGGCGAAGACGAUGAUGUAUAUCCGGUGAAACGGAGAGCCAUUGCAAGAGAUGAUCUUGGAGGACAAACUAGGGACUUCUUAGGUGUUGGUGGCUUCCAAACUCUUUGCCAACCAUCAAUCAAUGGAUGGAUUUGAUACCACUACUCUCUAUCUAUC